CAAUCUUUCCCUCUAAAUGCUUAGACUCAGCUUGUUCAAUUUUCUUCUGUGCGUGUGCAUCAGUUCAGCGAAACCUAAACCUAGAACGUUCUUCUUUCACAGUUUGCCGGAAUCACCAAUGGAUCCUCAGCCUGAACCAGUCAGCUACAUCUGCGGAGAUUGUGGCAUGGAGAAUACGCUGAAGCCCGGCGACGUGAUACAGUGCCGUGAGUGCGGUUACCGUAUCCUUUACAAGAAGCGCACUCGUCGCAUUGUUCAAUACGAGGCCCGCUGAAGAAAACUGCUGUGGCAUUCGCAAGUGAUUUCCAUGAUGAAAAUGUGCUGCAUAUGUACCAUGUGCUUUAUUUGGUCUUGUGAUAUUGAAGAGCUACUUAUAAUACAACGAUGAUCUGAGUAAUUUUACAGUUUGCAUUUGGAUGAUGUUUUAGAAAACGAGAAAAGAAAACUUUUUAAUGUGAAUAUAUUGUACUAUUUUUACUCUUUGAUUUUGCAAUUUUACUGUCACUGGUAUGGUUUAGUAAAAGUUUCCAUUGUAGAGUUUGGUGCUCAAAAGAGAUCAACUGUGUGUUUGGUUUGGCUAGUCGACUCAUGCCCUUGUUUAUAGUUUUGUUUUAAUACCCAUCGCGUCAUAGUUUGCUUAA